AUGGCCUAUAGCCCAAUUGCCUCUCACGCGGCUGUCCACCCAUCUGCCUCCAGUGCCCUCUGCUCCAUCCUGGAGACCUGGUCAGUCAAAUAUCCAAAAGAUGUUUGCCAGUUCCCAGACCUGGCCAGCCUAAAGCAGCUCAUGUCCUACGUCCUGAUCAAUGUGUCAGGCUCAGACCUCACUCUAGAAGUGCACAGACUUCUGACUCAGCUGGAGUACUUGGAGCAGGGUGAAGCUGUGCCUGAGGUUGAAGAGGCCUGGGCUGGGCUGUUUAUUCUCACACAGCAGGUGUGGACAGAGGUCUGUGCCUGUGUUAAGCCCUCAGGAGCUCACCAUACCCCUCUCGUGGUCCAGAACAGUGACGUGGAGUCUGGAAGCAGCCCACUUACCACACAUAUGCUACACACCAUGUCUGGGCUCCAGCUGAGGGCUCUGCCUCUGUCCCAGCUGGAGGACCUUGGCCAGCAGUGGACAGAGCUGAGGAAAAGCUACACAGAUAUGGAUGACGGCUGCCCUGGGCUUCUGAAGCCAGGCACCUCCAAGCUGUCCUUUGACCCUGAGGGCUACUGGAAGAAGAGGGGGCAGGAGAGGUCCUACCCAUAUGUAGAGGUUGUUUUCACCAUCACAAAUGAGACCCAGAAGUUCCACAUCCCCCUGCUGCUGAGCCCAUGGUCAUACACCACCUACCAAGGGAGCUAGAGCUGAGUCAAGCCCAAAGGAGGCCAUCUUCCCCUCCCUCACUCUGAGCCACAUACCCACCCCUGC